AGUCUGUCCUUAAUAGUAAGACCCACUGAAUACACCUCUCCUGGCUCUUUGUUUAGUGUUUGGACAUUCAAAGACCCCUAGACUAGGCGGCGGGAGUUUCAGGGCCACGACCCAGAUCUUAAACCAACUGUGUGUGGCCCCGCACAAAAUCACUCCCCGCUCUUUGGCACUUAAGUUGGCGAAACUGGAAUGGGCUGAGACCUCAAAGGGCCAUUCUAGUAGGGGAGUCACAGGCUCAGGUGGUGAAGGGGUGAAAGGGCAUGUCUCGCGGUUUAUAGUCCACUGAGCCUCGCCGGAGGUAACCCCAGCUCAGGGAUGCUUUCGUUGCCAUGGCAACCGCCGGGUAGGCUCGGGCCCCUGCGUGCGGCUGAGGAAGUUGGGACCAAUCCUGCCCUUCCCAAGAUGGCGGCGGCAGCAGGGCAAAGGGCGGGGUUAGAUGCUGUCAGCCUGUCCAGACCUUUCCUCUGUUUUCGCUUGUUCCUACUAACGGCGAGCUUCCGCCAAUACUUGUUCUUGUUCUUGGUUCCGAGCGUCCCGAGAGCCGGGAAGGGAAGGAUUGUCUGCAGGGAUUGGAGCAAAUAUCCAGUGUGGGAAAAGGCGGGACUUCCGCGUCCUGCCGGAAGUGACGUAACAGUAGCGGCCACCGCCAGGUGGAACGGCAGGUGGGUUCAGGUACCAGCCUGGCCCGGACCCGGUUGUGGGACCAACGCUUCCGGUGAGCGACAGAGGCAGCUCCUCAGGGCCUGGAGACCCGUGGGGCGGGCUCUGGGAUCUGAGCCUAUCGCCCUGGCCUGGAGUCCCCCUUUGUACCUAUUCCCCAUUCCCCUACCGAGCUGGGCAGCUAGCCAGCCCACUCCAACUCUCGGAACCAUGUUUGCAGACUUGGAUUAUGACAUCGAAGAGGAUAAACUCGGAAUCCCAACUGUGCCUGGGAAGGUGACCCUGCAGAAGGAUGCUCAGAACCUGAUCGGGAUCAGCAUUGGAGGAGGGGCCCAGUACUGUCCCUGUCUCUAUAUCGUCCAGGUAUUUGACAACACCCCAGCAGCCUUGGACGGCACAGUGGCAGCUGGCGAUGAGAUCACCGGUGUCAAUGGCAGGUCAAUCAAAGGGAAAACCAAGGUGGAGGUGGCGAAGAUGAUUCAGGAGGUGAAGGGGGAGGUGACCAUCCACUACAACAAGCUGCAGGCGGACCCCAAGCAGGGCAUGUCCCUGGACAUUGUGUUGAAGAAAGUCAAGCACCGGCUGGUGGAGAACAUGAGUUCGGGGACUGCAGAUGCUCUGGGCCUGAGCCGGGCCAUCCUGUGCAAUGAUGGGCUUGUCAAGAGGCUAGAGGAGCUGGAGCGGACCGCUGAGCUGUACAAAGGGAUGACGGAACACACCAAGAACCUCCUACGGGCCUUUUAUGAGCUGUCGCAGACUCACCGGGCCUUUGGGGACGUGUUCUCCGUGAUCGGGGUGCGGGAGCCCCAGCCAGCUGCGAGCGAGGCUUUCGUGAAGUUCGCCGAUGCCCACCGCAGCAUCGAGAAGUUUGGCAUUCGGCUUCUGAAAACCAUCAAGCCAAUGCUGACGGACCUGAACACGUACCUCAACAAAGCCAUCCCAGACACUCGCCUCACUAUCAAGAAGUACCUGGACGUGAAGUUUGAGUACCUGGUGAGUAGUCCAGGUGCCCAGGCUGCUAGGGCUCUAGGCGAGCCCCUUUACCGAGUGAGCACCGGCAACUACGAGUACCGCCUGAUCCUGCGCUGCCGCCAGGAGGCGCGCGCCCGCUUCUCCCAGAUGCGCAAGGACGUGCUGGAGAAGAUGGAACUGCUGGACCAGAAGCACGUCCAGGACAUCGUGUUCCAGCUGCAGCGCCUCGUGUCCACCAUGUCUAAGUACUACAACGACUGCUACGCGGUGCUGCGGGAUGCCGACGUCUUCCCCAUCGAGGUGGACCUGGCGCACACCACACUGGCCUACGGCCUCAACCAGGAGGAGUUCACAGAUGGGGAGGAGGAGGAGGAGGAGGAGGACACGGCAGCUGGGGAGCCGUCCAGGGAUACACGAGGGGCUGCUGGGCCCUUGGACAAGGGUGGAAGCUGGUGUGACUCCUGAGUGCCCCGCGGGUAUGGCGCCGGGGGCAGGGUGCGUGGGAGGACGGAGCCUGGGAGCGGGUCGGGGCCGCCAAGCAAGGGGGCGACGCAUAAAGGCCUGCUGGCUUGGGGCGCCUGCCUCCCUGCUCCUCUGUCCUCGCACAGUGAACCUGGGCUCCUGCCCAGGACAGGCACCAGGGUCAUGGCCUGGGACCUGGACACUGGCCCCUCCACCCUCCCUCCCCUCCCGGCUCCCCGGCCAGAGGGAGAGCUUGGUCUCUGGACCUGCGUUAGGAAGGAGAGGGAGGGCAGGAAGGAAAAGAAAGGACUUGGAGGUGGCAGGAGUCCGGGCCCUGCUCCUUGUGGGCACUCGCACUGCCCCCGGAGCCUGCCGGGAGUGGGGCCAGCGAUGGACAGCUGAGGUUGGGGCCAGUGUCUCCUGGGCACCUUGCCUCGCCCCAGACCGGCCCGUCCAGUCCCCAUCACACCUCGGCGGCCUUUAUUUAUUCUCUUCCCCCAGCUUGGCCACUUCUUUGAAGGAGGGCUGGGCUCUGGGCCUGUAUCGAAUAAACAAACCUGGAUGGCGCA